ACAAACCGAAAAUGUGCAGCUUCCUGGAAUGGAGAGACCUGAAGAUAGUUUACAAAAGAUAUGCAAGCCUCUAUUUCUGCUGUGCUAUUGAAGAUCAGGACAAUGAACUAAUACUGGAAAUAAUUCAUUGCUAUGUAGAACUUCUUGACAAGUAUUUUGGCAGUGUCUGUGAACUUUAUAUCAUCUUCAAUUUUAAAAAAGCCUAUCUCACCUUGGAUGAGUUCCUUUUAGGAGGGGAAGUUCAAGAGACAUCCAAGAAAAAUGUUCUUAAAGCCAUUGAACAACUGCCGGUGUGCCCGGACUCGGGAGCCGGGGAGAAUGUUCCCGCAACUGUAAUUUCCCCCACUCAGCAACUCCAUGAUCCUGUGCGUCUGCCCCUCUACCCAGCCGAGGCUAUGCCUGCAGACCGCCCCACACUGCCUCCCACUUUUUCCGCUCCAGAGAUUUCUGUAGGGCCCGCAUGA